AUGAGACCUACAAAACCCCCCCCAUUCCGUCCGACAUCACCAAACAUCGACCCUGUCCCCCCUGGGGCUUCGACGAGAAUCGCAGACUUGGGUCAUAUUCCUACGGCGUCACCAACCAGGAACCCUGUCCCCGCCGCGCCUUCCUCGAACGAAGCAAGGCAACAAGUUCUGCUUGCUAACAACUCAUCACAAGCAGCCAUGAUCGCGAGAUUGCAGGCCAUGCCACCCGCGAGUGAUACCACCGACAUGAGCACGGAGACGGUGGAUCCCGGGAGGGAAGUGGCCAAUCGAAGGUAUUUGGCCAUGCUGGCGCAGAGGGACAUCCGUGCCAGGGACCAUGCGCUUUUGGGAAGCGACGAUAGCACCGAUGCCGGCGGUGGAGCCGGAGCCGGCGCCGCACUCAGUUACGCUGUCCGCGCUAGAGGCGUGGGUCCGAGGUGCGUGCGCGUAGACCGGGAGAGGGAGCGGGGCCGCCUUGCGAGUCUGGGUGGCAGGGGGCGGGCUGUGUCUUUGGGGCAAGAGAGUGGAGAUGGAGAGCUGGAGAGGGUGAUACCUUUGCAGGUGAGGAAGAUGCCUUCCGGGUGA